GUCAAACAUUUAAUAUGGCUUAUCUUAUUUCUAUGGAGACUCUGGGUAUAAGUGUUUUGGGCGUUUUGGGCGUCACUUGUGAGCACUUAAUUCUUGGUUUAUUUGGAUGUAUCUUGGAAGGUGAUCCUGUUUCAUCAGCCAAAGUGUUUGACCAGGUAGUUUAAUUUCCAGCAGGAUUCAGUCCCACAGCCAUGGAGUACCAAGCCAACGUGAUGACCAGCCAGCCUCAGGUCACCAUCACCAGCUACACCAUGACCUCCCAGUCUUCAGAAUGGAGCUCGAACUUAUGUGACUGUUGUCAAGACUGUGGCAUCUGCCUUUGUGGAGCCUUCAUCCCCUGCGUCCUGGGCUGUAAGGUAGCAGAGGACCAUGGGGAAACCUGCUGCCUGGUCUUCCUGCCCGGAGCAUUAGUUGCCCUAAGAACCAGCAUCCGAGACAAGUACAGAAUCUCUGGAUCUAUAUGUGGUGACUGGGUUGUCAUGUCUUGUGUGCCUCUAUGUGGACUCUGUCAGAUGGCAAGAGAGCAAAGGAUGAGAAGCUGAUCAUGUGACUCAGAAGGGAGGGGCCAUGGACAUUCACUGAUUUAAAGUUCUAACUAAACUUAAACUUAAUUGAACGAAACUUAAGUUAAACUUAAUCUAAGUAAACCGUUCUAACUAAUUUUAAGUAAAUUCUGUUAAGGUGAAUCUAACAUAUGAGAAUGUCCACAGAAUAAAUAAUUACAAUUCAGUAAAUAUUAAUGUUAAUACAGGAUUUUAUUAGUCAGUGAUUGUUAUGGAAGUUAUUCCAAUAAGCCUUUUUUUUAAUUCUGACCGUAGCAUCACAUUAUUCUAACAGCUGUCUGAAAUGACAUAUCUUACAGUAUUUUACAAUUAUAUCUGUGUCAUGGAAUGCAGGUGAAAACAGUGAAAUACAUGAAAAACAGUCUGAAAAAUGCUGGUAGAAAAGCAGCUUAAUUAAAAUCAAUCAAAUGGUAAAUUACAAUUCAAAAUAAUAAAUCUCCUUGAUACAUUUGGCUUGUUUUUCCUUUAAAGGUGCUAUAGAAUGAAAAUCU